AGCUGACCCAUCUUAUUGCCUUGACCCCCAGUACUUAUCCCUCCUCCUCAGCCACAACCAGAAGCUUCCCUUUUCUGCUUCCUCAGCAAGGGCCUUAGUUUCCCUUUGGAGCUUUGCCCCAGUCGUUCCCACAUCUCGGAGCAGCUUUAUAGUUGAUGUACCGACGAAGCCCCGACAGCCUACUUCCACAGGGUAGAUGGUAGUGGACCAACCUGCCUCUCUGCACUCAGCAGCCAGAUCUGCAUACUUGGCUGCUUUGCGCUCGUAGGCUGCCUGGAUUCCCUCCUCCCAGGGGAUGGUGAGCUCAAUCAGUAUGGCAGCCUUGGUAACAGCAGACCACAGCACGAUGUCUGGGCGGAGUGAAGUGGUGGUGAUUUCACGGGGGAACUGGAGCUGUUUGCCGAUGUCAGCCCUCAUACUCCAGUCCCUUGCCAGAGAGAGGAAACUGCGGGGGCCUCGUCGGCUGGUGUCUCCUUUGCCUUCCCCUGGCCUCACAAACAUGACAGGAAGUUGCUUGGCUAUGGGCUGGCUGUUGGCCUCUUGUCUACUGCUCUCCAGGACUUCGGCCAGUUUCCUCAGGACUUGAUCAUGCCGCCAUCUGUAGCGACCCUGUGUCAGCGCGAUCUUGCAGCCUGAUAGCAAGUGCUGCAGGCUGGCGUUGGGAGCACCACACAGGGGACAGCUCUCCUCCUGGCCGAACCACUGGUGGAGGUUUCUGGGGCAUGGCAAGGUGUCAUAAGUUGCCCUGAGUAGGAAGCUGAGUCUGGCUUGUGGCAUCUUCCAUAGGUCGGCCCAGCUGAUGGGUCUGCUGAUGGUACCUUCCCAAGUGGUCCAUCUUCCUUGGCGACCUUGAGACACGGCCUUGAUAGUAUAUUGCUCCUGGUUUGCCCUUGAGACCUCCUCCACAACCAUGGCUCUGCGUUCCCUCUUUGUGGCCUUGGACCAGAGGCGUGGAGAAUCACCCCAGCCAAGCCCCGCUCUCCCCACUUGCACCCUGCCGACUAUCUCCUGGUGUUGGAGCCUGCCAAUGGCCUUGGCGACCUCUGGCCCUGCUUGCCACUUCCGGCCUGUUCGGGUAGGUACACAUGCAUUCCUCACUGUAGGAUCUGAAGAUUCUUCCAGCUCAAGAACCAGUCUGGCCUUCUCUUGCUUAUAGCCCAGGGUGAUGGACUGGAUCGGCAGAUGCAGCAAAGUUUCCCCAAAUAAGCCAGUGUCUGAGAAGCAACGCGGUAGGCCCAGCCACUUUCGGAUGUAGGAGUUGGCUAGUCUGUCCAACCCGUUGGCUGUUGAGGAUGGAAUCUCACAAAUCUUCAGUGGCCACAUAACCCUUUGGUACAGUGUGAAGUUGUAGCACCACAACUUGUACUUUCCGGGGAGCUGGCUCUUGUUAAUACUCGCUAGGCCUUCUGAGAGUUGUUUCCGUGCUGCCUUGCCUGCGUGCUUGUCCGACAGGUCCGCAUUGUACUGCCUCCCCAGGCUUUGGAUGGACUGGUUGACCAGUAGAGGGAUUUGCUCACCUCCUGCAACAAAGAUGGUUUUGUCGCUCCUGGUGCCUUUGCGCAAGGAGAGGCUUCGUGACUUGGAGGGUUUUAUCUUCAUCCGUGCCCAUGUCACUAGCUCAUCCAGCCUCUUCAGACAUCUUCUCGUGCAUGGGGCUGUUUGCAGCACCACAGUGACAUCGUCCAUGUAGCUUCGGAGUGGUGGAAGCCUCUGCCCUGUCUGCAGCCUCAUUCCUCCUACAGUCUGGCGGGCUCCGCGGAGGAUGAUUUCAAAAGCUGCGACAAAGAGGACUGGGGAGAUGGAACACCCCAUGGCGAUGCCUACUUCCAGACGCUGCCAACCUGUUGUAAAAUCCUGGAGGCUAAAACACAUCUGGAAGUCCCUGAAGUAGCUGCUUACCAGGUUGAUGAUGGAAACAGGGACGUGGAAGAACUCCAAUGCAAACUGGAUGAGUUUGUGCGGGACAGAACCAUAAGCGUUGGCCAGGUCAAGCCACACCACGUGGAGGUCGCUCUUCUCCUGCUUGGCCCUCUGGAUCUGUGCCCAAAUCAUUGAAGAAUGCUCCACGCAUCCUGGAAAACCUUGUACUCCUGCUUUCUGGCAGCUGGUGUCAAUAUAGCCAUUCUUUGUGAGGUAAGAGGUUAGUCUCUUGGCCAUGACUGCAAAGAAGAUCUUUCCCUCGACAUUCAACAGAGCAAUACUCCUGAAUUGACUGAUGUUAUGGGACUCCUGUUCCUUCGGAAUAAACACUGCCACAGCUCUCUGCCACUCCGACGGGAUGAGUAAAUUCUUCCAUGCUGUGCUCAUUAGCUUCCACAAGCAUUUCAGCACUUGGGGGCAGUUCUUGUAUAGCUUGUAGGGGAUUCCGUUAGGCCCAGGAGCUGAUGCUGACCUCGCUUUCUUGACGACUGCUCUUACCUCGCUCAGUCGAGGAGGGCAGCCGUCAAACUGCGUGGUUGGAGGAGGUGGAAGAGGGACGUAUCCUGGUGAACCUAACGGAUCAUUCCUCUUUGGGUCGCUGUAUUGGCCCCUGAUGUACUGCUCAAGCUCCUCCUUGGUGGCUUCCAGUUUCCCGCUUCUUUUCUCCUCCAGAAGCUGACGGGCGUGCUUGAAAGGAUUCCUCAUGAAGCUAGCUCUUUCUUUCUCCUUUCUUUUCCUGCGUCUGCGAAUACGUUCUGCUCUUCGCAUGCUGCCCAGCUUCUGUCUCACCUCAUCCCAUAACACCUUCAGGCCUUCUUUCUCCUCUGCCGAUGCUUUCCUCCAUCUCCUGCGGAGCUGGCGCCGAUCUUGCACCAGGGCGUCAAUCUCAGCCUCCCUCCUGCCCUUUCUUGGGGGUAGAUUGUGCUGCUUCUUGGUGAGGCUACCGAAUCUAGCUUUGCACUCCUCGUACAGGAUGUCCCCAAGAAGGUUGAGUUUCUUGUCCACUUUACCACGUAGCGAGUGCUCCAGCACUAGACUGAGGUCUGAGUCCAGUUCCUGCCAUGUCUUCACAUCACUUGCUCUAGGCCACUUGAUGGUGCACUUUCUUCCUGGUUCCCUCUUUUCUGUUUGCUGGGUGACUGGGGGGCUGGCAGGUCUAUUUUCAGCAUGCUCACAUGCCAGGGGGCUACUGCUCCGCUCAGGGGGUUCUUCCUCUACCAACCGCAUAUCAACAAUGUUUGGACCCUCGGCUCUGUGGUUCUCUCCCCGGCUGGGGGUCCUGCUUGUCUUAUCUGCCAGAGCAGUGCAAGGAUGUUGUAUGCCUUUUCUCUCGCUCUCCUUUCUGUUCCUCCCCUGAUGGAUCCGUAAGCCCCUGUAUGUGGUCACUUUCCCCCAUCCACACCUGCACAAUCGGAAGGUCCUUAUCUCGUUGUCGAUGUCCGUUCCAGUCGUUUCCGAAUAGUCAGUCCUGUUAGGCCCAUCUUCCACCCCGCCUCUCGGAGGGCCUUCGGGUUGUUUUUUCUUAUUCGUUUUCGUAGUUAUAGGUUGGGUGUCUCCUGGCUAGGAGACUAGUGGGUUGGGUAACUAGCCGCCCACUCCCAGUACAGACUUUCCUGCUGUCAUCCAGACUUUCCUGGAAGUCUUCCAGUCUUUCCUGGAUGUCAACUGCCCUUUCGCAGUAGUCACUGGUUACCCAGAAAUCAGAUUGAUUGUACAGAUAUGGUGUUGUUUCUGCUGGGCAAGUAUGCCUGACGCGCCUCCUACAGCGCCUUGGGUCAGGUGCAGGGUCAUCAGCCGGGGACCACCGCUCAUUGGAGUUUCGCUCUCUUUAACCCCGGAACGCCUCCUGGUGGCGGAGCGGUGGCAGGGACGUCUCCCUGCCACCCCCUGCAGCUGACCCAUCUUAUUGCCUUGACCCCCAGUACUUAUCCCUCCUCCUCAGCCACAACCAGAAGCUUCCCUUUUCUGCUUCCUCAGCAAGGGCCUUAGUUUCCCUUUGGAGCUUUGCCCCAGUCGUUCCCACAUCUCGGAGCAGCUUUAUAGUUGAUGUACCGACGAAGCCCCGACAGCCUACUUCCACAGGGUAGAUGGUAGUGGACCAACCUGCCUCUCUGCACUCAGCAGCCAGAUCUGCAUACUUGGCUGCUUUGCGCUCGUAGGCUGCCUGGAUUCCCUCCUCCCAGGGGAUGGUGAGCUCAAUCAGUAUGGCAGCCUUGGUAACAGCAGACCACAGCACGAUGUCUGGGCGGAGUGAAGUGGUGGUGAUUUCACGGGGGAACUGGAGCUGUUUGCCGAUGUCAGCCCUCAUACUCCAGUCCCUUGCCAGAGAGAGGAAACUGCGGGGGCCUCGUCGGCUGGUGUCUCCUUUGCCUUCCCCUGGCCUCACAAACAUGACAGGAAGUUGCUUGGCUAUGGGCUGGCUGUUGGCCUCUUGUCUACUGCUCUCCAGGACUUCGGCCAGUUUCCUCAGGACUUGAUCAUGCCGCCAUCUGUAGCGACCCUGUGUCAGCGCGAUCUUGCAGCCUGAUAGCAAGUGCUGCAGGCUGGCGUUGGGAGCACCACACAGGGGACAGCUCUCCUCCUGGCCGAACCACUGGUGGAGGUUUCUGGGGCAUGGCAAGGUGUCAUAAGUUGCCCUGAGUAGGAAGCUGAGUCUGGCUUGUGGCAUCUUCCAUAGGUCGGCCCAGCUGAUGGGUCUGCUGAUGGUACCUUCCCAAGUGGUCCAUCUUCCUUGGCGACCUUGAGACACGGCCUUGAUAGUAUAUUGCUCCUGGUUUGCCCUUGAGACCUCCUCCACAACCAUGGCUCUGCGUUCCCUCUUUGUGGCCUUGGACCAGAGGCGUGGAGAAUCACCCCAGCCAAGCCCCGCUCUCCCCACUUGCACCCUGCCGACUAUCUCCUGGUGUUGGAGCCUGCCAAUGGCCUUGGCGACCUCUGGCCCUGCUUGCCACUUCCGGCCUGUUCGGGUAGGUACACAUGCAUUCCUCACUGUAGGAUCUGAAGAUUCUUCCAGCUCAAGAACCAGUCUGGCCUUCUCUUGCUUAUAGCCCAGGGUGAUGGACUGGAUCGGCAGAUGCAGCAAAGUUUCCCCAAAUAAGCCAGUGUCUGAGAAGCAACGCGGUAGGCCCAGCCACUUUCGGAUGUAGGAGUUGGCUAGUCUGUCCAACCCGUUGGCUGUUGAGGAUGGAAUCUCACAAAUCUUCAGUGGCCACAUAACCCUUUGGUACAGUGUGAAGUUGUAGCACCACAACUUGUACUUUCCGGGGAGCUGGCUCUUGUUAAUACUCGCUAGGCCUUCUGAGAGUUGUUUCCGUGCUGCCUUGCCUGCGUGCUUGUCCGACAGGUCCGCAUUGUACUGCCUCCCCAGGCUUUGGAUGGACUGGUUGACCAGUAGAGGGAUUUGCUCACCUCCUGCAACAAAGAUGGUUUUGUCGCUCCUGGUGCCUUUGCGCAAGGAGAGGCUUCGUGACUUGGAGGGUUUUAUCUUCAUCCGUGCCCAUGUCACUAGCUCAUCCAGCCUCUUCAGACAUCUUCUCGUGCAUGGGGCUGUUUGCAGCACCACAGUGACAUCGUCCAUGUAGCUUCGGAGUGGUGGAAGCCUCUGCCCUGUCUGCAGCCUCAUUCCUCCUACAGUCUGGCGGGCUCCGCGGAGGAUGAUUUCAAAAGCUGCGACAAAGAGGACUGGGGAGAUGGAACACCCCAUGGCGAUGCCUACUUCCAGACGCUGCCAACCUGUUGUAAAAUCCUGGAGGCUAAAACACAUCUGGAAGUCCCUGAAGUAGCUGCUUACCAGGUUGAUGAUGGAAACAGGGACGUGGAAGAACUCCAAUGCAAACUGGAUGAGUUUGUGCGGGACAGAACCAUAAGCGUUGGCCAGGUCAAGCCACACCACGUGGAGGUCGCUCUUCUCCUGCUUGGCCCUCUGGAUCUGUGCCCAAAUCAUUGAAGAAUGCUCCACGCAUCCUGGAAAACCUUGUACUCCUGCUUUCUGGCAGCUGGUGUCAAUAUAGCCAUUCUUUGUGAGGUAAGAGGUUAGUCUCUUGGCCAUGACUGCAAAGAAGAUCUUUCCCUCGACAUUCAACAGAGCAAUACUCCUGAAUUGACUGAUGUUAUGGGACUCCUGUUCCUUCGGAAUAAACACUGCCACAGCUCUCUGCCACUCCGACGGGAUGAGUAAAUUCUUCCAUGCUGUGCUCAUUAGCUUCCACAAGCAUUUCAGCACUUGGGGGCAGUUCUUGUAUAGCUUGUAGGGGAUUCCGUUAGGCCCAGGAGCUGAUGCUGACCUCGCUUUCUUGACGACUGCUCUUACCUCGCUCAGUCGAGGAGGGCAGCCGUCAAACUGCGUGGUUGGAGGAGGUGGAAGAGGGACGUAUCCUGGUGAACCUAACGGAUCAUUCCUCUUUGGGUCGCUGUAUUGGCCCCUGAUGUACUGCUCAAGCUCCUCCUUGGUGGCUUCCAGUUUCCCGCUUCUUUUCUCCUCCAGAAGCUGACGGGCGUGCUUGAAAGGAUUCCUCAUGAAGCUAGCUCUUUCUUUCUCCUUUCUUUUCCUGCGUCUGCGAAUACGUUCUGCUCUUCGCAUGCUGCCCAGCUUCUGUCUCACCUCAUCCCAUAACACCUUCAGGCCUUCUUUCUCCUCUGCCGAUGCUUUCCUCCAUCUCCUGCGGAGCUGGCGCCGAUCUUGCACCAGGGCGUCAAUCUCAGCCUCCCUCCUGCCCUUUCUUGGGGGUAGAUUGUGCUGCUUCUUGGUGAGGCUACCGAAUCUAGCUUUGCACUCCUCGUACAGGAUGUCCCCAAGAAGGUUGAGUUUCUUGUCCACUUUACCACGUAGCGAGUGCUCCAGCACUAGACUGAGGUCUGAGUCCAGUUCCUGCCAUGUCUUCACAUCACUUGCUCUAGGCCACUUGAUGGUGCACUUUCUUCCUGGUUCCCUCUUUUCUGUUUGCUGGGUGACUGGGGGGCUGGCAGGUCUAUUUUCAGCAUGCUCACAUGCCAGGGGGCUACUGCUCCGCUCAGGGGGUUCUUCCUCUACCAACCGCAUAUCAACAAUGUUUGGACCCUCGGCUCUGUGGUUCUCUCCCCGGCUGGGGGUCCUGCUUGUCUUAUCUGCCAGAGCAGUGCAAGGAUGUUGUAUGCCUUUUCUCUCGCUCUCCUUUCUGUUCCUCCCCUGAUGGAUCCGUAAGCCCCUGUAUGUGGUCACUUUCCCCCAUCCACACCUGCACAAUCGGAAGGUCCUUAUCUCGUUGUCGAUGUCCGUUCCAGUCGUUUCCGAAUAGUCAGUCCUGUUAGGCCCAUCUUCCACCCCGCCUCUCGGAGGGCCUUCGGGUUGUUUUUUCUUAUUCGUUUUCGUAGUUAUAGGUUGGGUGUCUCCUGGCUAGGAGACUAGUGGGUUGGGUAACUAGCCGCCCACUCCCAGUACAGACUUUCCUGCUGUCAUCCAGACUUUCCUGGAAGUCUUCCAGUCUUUCCUGGAUGUCAACUGCCCUUUCGCAGUAGUCACUGGUUACCCAGAAAUCAGAUUGAUUGUACAGAUAUGGUGUUGUUUCUGCUGGGCAAGUAUGCCUGACGCGCCUCCUACAGCGCCUUGGGUCAGGUGCAGGGUCAUCAGCCGGGGACCACCGCUCAUUGGAGUUUCGCUCUCUUUAACCCCGGAACGCCUCCUGGUGGCGGAGCGGUGGCAGGGACGUCUCCCUGCCACCCCCUGCAGCUGACCCAUCUUAUUGCCUUGACCCCCAGUACUUAUCCCUCCUCCUCAGCCACAACCAGAAGCUUCCCUUUUCUGCUUCCUCAGCAAGGGCCUUAGUUUCCCUUUGGAGCUUUGCCCCAGUCGUUCCCACAUCUCGGAGCAGCUUUAUAGUUGAUGUACCGACGAAGCCCCGACAGCCUACUUCCACAGGGUAGAUGGUAGUGGACCAACCUGCCUCUCUGCACUCAGCAGCCAGAUCUGCAUACUUGGCUGCUUUGCGCUCGUAGGCUGCCUGGAUUCCCUCCUCCCAGGGGAUGGUGAGCUCAAUCAGUAUGGCAGCCUUGGUAACAGCAGACCACAGCACGAUGUCUGGGCGGAGUGAAGUGGUGGUGAUUUCACGGGGGAACUGGAGCUGUUUGCCGAUGUCAGCCCUCAUACUCCAGUCCCUUGCCAGAGAGAGGAAACUGCGGGGGCCUCGUCGGCUGGUGUCUCCUUUGCCUUCCCCUGGCCUCACAAACAUGACAGGAAGUUGCUUGGCUAUGGGCUGGCUGUUGGCCUCUUGUCUACUGCUCUCCAGGACUUCGGCCAGUUUCCUCAGGACUUGAUCAUGCCGCCAUCUGUAGCGACCCUGUGUCAGCGCGAUCUUGCAGCCUGAUAGCAAGUGCUGCAGGCUGGCGUUGGGAGCACCACACAGGGGACAGCUCUCCUCCUGGCCGAACCACUGGUGGAGGUUUCUGGGGCAUGGCAAGGUGUCAUAAGUUGCCCUGAGUAGGAAGCUGAGUCUGGCUUGUGGCAUCUUCCAUAGGUCGGCCCAGCUGAUGGGUCUGCUGAUGGUACCUUCCCAAGUGGUCCAUCUUCCUUGGCGACCUUGAGACACGGCCUUGAUAGUAUAUUGCUCCUGGUUUGCCCUUGAGACCUCCUCCACAACCAUGGCUCUGCGUUCCCUCUUUGUGGCCUUGGACCAGAGGCGUGGAGAAUCACCCCAGCCAAGCCCCGCUCUCCCCACUUGCACCCUGCCGACUAUCUCCUGGUGUUGGAGCCUGCCAAUGGCCUUGGCGACCUCUGGCCCUGCUUGCCACUUCCGGCCUGUUCGGGUAGGUACACAUGCAUUCCUCACUGUAGGAUCUGAAGAUUCUUCCAGCUCAAGAACCAGUCUGGCCUUCUCUUGCUUAUAGCCCAGGGUGAUGGACUGGAUCGGCAGAUGCAGCAAAGUUUCCCCAAAUAAGCCAGUGUCUGAGAAGCAACGCGGUAGGCCCAGCCACUUUCGGAUGUAGGAGUUGGCUAGUCUGUCCAACCCGUUGGCUGUUGAGGAUGGAAUCUCACAAAUCUUCAGUGGCCACAUAACCCUUUGGUACAGUGUGAAGUUGUAGCACCACAACUUGUACUUUCCGGGGAGCUGGCUCUUGUUAAUACUCGCUAGGCCUUCUGAGAGUUGUUUCCGUGCUGCCUUGCCUGCGUGCUUGUCCGACAGGUCCGCAUUGUACUGCCUCCCCAGGCUUUGGAUGGACUGGUUGACCAGUAGAGGGAUUUGCUCACCUCCUGCAACAAAGAUGGUUUUGUCGCUCCUGGUGCCUUUGCGCAAGGAGAGGCUUCGUGACUUGGAGGGUUUUAUCUUCAUCCGUGCCCAUGUCACUAGCUCAUCCAGCCUCUUCAGACAUCUUCUCGUGCAUGGGGCUGUUUGCAGCACCACAGUGACAUCGUCCAUGUAGCUUCGGAGUGGUGGAAGCCUCUGCCCUGUCUGCAGCCUCAUUCCUCCUACAGUCUGGCGGGCUCCGCGGAGGAUGAUUUCAAAAGCUGCGACAAAGAGGACUGGGGAGAUGGAACACCCCAUGGCGAUGCCUACUUCCAGACGCUGCCAACCUGUUGUAAAAUCCUGGAGGCUAAAACACAUCUGGAAGUCCCUGAAGUAGCUGCUUACCAGGUUGAUGAUGGAAACAGGGACGUGGAAGAACUCCAAUGCAAACUGGAUGAGUUUGUGCGGGACAGAACCAUAAGCGUUGGCCAGGUCAAGCCACACCACGUGGAGGUCGCUCUUCUCCUGCUUGGCCCUCUGGAUCUGUGCCCAAAUCAUUGAAGAAUGCUCCACGCAUCCUGGAAAACCUUGUACUCCUGCUUUCUGGCAGCUGGUGUCAAUAUAGCCAUUCUUUGUGAGGUAAGAGGUUAGUCUCUUGGCCAUGACUGCAAAGAAGAUCUUUCCCUCGACAUUCAACAGAGCAAUACUCCUGAAUUGACUGAUGUUAUGGGACUCCUGUUCCUUCGGAAUAAACACUGCCACAGCUCUCUGCCACUCCGACGGGAUGAGUAAAUUCUUCCAUGCUGUGCUCAUUAGCUUCCACAAGCAUUUCAGCACUUGGGGGCAGUUCUUGUAUAGCUUGUAGGGGAUUCCGUUAGGCCCAGGAGCUGAUGCUGACCUCGCUUUCUUGACGACUGCUCUUACCUCGCUCAGUCGAGGAGGGCAGCCGUCAAACUGCGUGGUUGGAGGAGGUGGAAGAGGGACGUAUCCUGGUGAACCUAACGGAUCAUUCCUCUUUGGGUCGCUGUAUUGGCCCCUGAUGUACUGCUCAAGCUCCUCCUUGGUGGCUUCCAGUUUCCCGCUUCUUUUCUCCUCCAGAAGCUGACGGGCGUGCUUGAAAGGAUUCCUCAUGAAGCUAGCUCUUUCUUUCUCCUUUCUUUUCCUGCGUCUGCGAAUACGUUCUGCUCUUCGCAUGCUGCCCAGCUUCUGUCUCACCUCAUCCCAUAACACCUUCAGGCCUUCUUUCUCCUCUGCCGAUGCUUUCCUCCAUCUCCUGCGGAGCUGGCGCCGAUCUUGCACCAGGGCGUCAAUCUCAGCCUCCCUCCUGCCCUUUCUUGGGGGUAGAUUGUGCUGCUUCUUGGUGAGGCUACCGAAUCUAGCUUUGCACUCCUCGUACAGGAUGUCCCCAAGAAGGUUGAGUUUCUUGUCCACUUUACCACGUAGCGAGUGCUCCAGCACUAGACUGAGGUCUGAGUCCAGUUCCUGCCAUGUCUUCACAUCACUUGCUCUAGGCCACUUGAUGGUGCACUUUCUUCCUGGUUCCCUCUUUUCUGUUUGCUGGGUGACUGGGGGGCUGGCAGGUCUAUUUUCAGCAUGCUCACAUGCCAGGGGGCUACUGCUCCGCUCAGGGGGUUCUUCCUCUACCAACCGCAUAUCAACAAUGUUUGGACCCUCGGCUCUGUGGUUCUCUCCCCGGCUGGGGGUCCUGCUUGUCUUAUCUGCCAGAGCAGUGCAAGGAUGUUGUAUGCCUUUUCUCUCGCUCUCCUUUCUGUUCCUCCCCUGAUGGAUCCGUAAGCCCCUGUAUGUGGUCACUUUCCCCCAUCCACACCUGCACAAUCGGAAGGUCCUUAUCUCGUUGUCGAUGUCCGUUCCAGUCGUUUCCGAAUAGUCAGUCCUGUUAGGCCCAUCUUCCACCCCGCCUCUCGGAGGGCCUUCGGGUUGUUUUUUCUUAUUCGUUUUCGUAGUUAUAGGUUGGGUGUCUCCUGGCUAGGAGACUAGUGGGUUGGGUAACUAGCCGCCCACUCCCAGUACAGACUUUCCUGCUGUCAUCCAGACUUUCCUGGAAGUCUUCCAGUCUUUCCUGGAUGUCAACUGCCCUUUCGCAGUAGUCACUGGUUACCCAGAAAUCAGAUUGAUUGUACAGAUAUGGUGUUGUUUCUGCUGGGCAAGUAUGCCUGACGCGCCUCCUACAGCGCCUUGGGUCAGGUGCAGGGUCAUCAGCCGGGGACCACCGCUCAUUGGAGUUUCGCUCUCUUUAACCCCGGAACGCCUCCUGGUGGCGGAGCGGUGGCAGGGACGUCUCCCUGCCACCCCCUGCAGCUGACCCAUCUUAUUGCCUUGACCCCCAGUACUUAUCCCUCCUCCUCAGCCACAACCAGAAGCUUCCCUUUUCUGCUUCCUCAGCAAGGGCCUUAGUUUCCCUUUGGAGCUUUGCCCCAGUCGUUCCCACAUCUCGGAGCAGCUUUAUAGUUGAUGUACCGACGAAGCCCCGACAGCCUACUUCCACAGGGUAGAUGGUAGUGGACCAACCUGCCUCUCUGCACUCAGCAGCCAGAUCUGCAUACUUGGCUGCUUUGCGCUCGUAGGCUGCCUGGAUUCCCUCCUCCCAGGGGAUGGUGAGCUCAAUCAGUAUGGCAGCCUUGGUAACAGCAGACCACAGCACGAUGUCUGGGCGGAGUGAAGUGGUGGUGAUUUCACGGGGGAACUGGAGCUGUUUGCCGAUGUCAGCCCUCAUACUCCAGUCCCUUGCCAGAGAGAGGAAACUGCGGGGGCCUCGUCGGCUGGUGUCUCCUUUGCCUUCCCCUGGCCUCACAAACAUGACAGGAAGUUGCUUGGCUAUGGGCUGGCUGUUGGCCUCUUGUCUACUGCUCUCCAGGACUUCGGCCAGUUUCCUCAGGACUUGAUCAUGCCGCCAUCUGUAGCGACCCUGUGUCAGCGCGAUCUUGCAGCCUGAUAGCAAGUGCUGCAGGCUGGCGUUGGGAGCACCACACAGGGGACAGCUCUCCUCCUGGCCGAACCACUGGUGGAGGUUUCUGGGGCAUGGCAAGGUGUCAUAAGUUGCCCUGAGUAGGAAGCUGAGUCUGGCUUGUGGCAUCUUCCAUAGGUCGGCCCAGCUGAUGGGUCUGCUGAUGGUACCUUCCCAAGUGGUCCAUCUUCCUUGGCGACCUUGAGACACGGCCUUGAUAGUAUAUUGCUCCUGGUUUGCCCUUGAGACCUCCUCCACAACCAUGGCUCUGCGUUCCCUCUUUGUGGCCUUGGACCAGAGGCGUGGAGAAUCACCCCAGCCAAGCCCCGCUCUCCCCACUUGCACCCUGCCGACUAUCUCCUGGUGUUGGAGCCUGCCAAUGGCCUUGGCGACCUCUGGCCCUGCUUGCCACUUCCGGCCUGUUCGGGUAGGUACACAUGCAUUCCUCACUGUAGGAUCUGAAGAUUCUUCCAGCUCAAGAACCAGUCUGGCCUUCUCUUGCUUAUAGCCCAGGGUGAUGGACUGGAUCGGCAGAUGCAGCAAAGUUUCCCCAAAUAAGCCAGUGUCUGAGAAGCAACGCGGUAGGCCCAGCCACUUUCGGAUGUAGGAGUUGGCUAGUCUGUCCAACCCGUUGGCUGUUGAGGAUGGAAUCUCACAAAUCUUCAGUGGCCACAUAACCCUUUGGUACAGUGUGAAGUUGUAGCACCACAACUUGUACUUUCCGGGGAGCUGGCUCUUGUUAAUACUCGCUAGGCCUUCUGAGAGUUGUUUCCGUGCUGCCUUGCCUGCGUGCUUGUCCGACAGGUCCGCAUUGUACUGCCUCCCCAGGCUUUGGAUGGACUGGUUGACCAGUAGAGGGAUUUGCUCACCUCCUGCAACAAAGAUGGUUUUGUCGCUCCUGGUGCCUUUGCGCAAGGAGAGGCUUCGUGACUUGGAGGGUUUUAUCUUCAUCCGUGCCCAUGUCACUAGCUCAUCCAGCCUCUUCAGACAUCUUCUCGUGCAUGGGGCUGUUUGCAGCACCACAGUGACAUCGUCCAUGUAGCUUCGGAGUGGUGGAAGCCUCUGCCCUGUCUGCAGCCUCAUUCCUCCUACAGUCUGGCGGGCUCCGCGGAGGAUGAUUUCAAAAGCUGCGACAAAGAGGACUGGGGAGAUGGAACACCCCAUGGCGAUGCCUACUUCCAGACGCUGCCAACCUGUUGUAAAAUCCUGGAGGCUAAAACACAUCUGGAAGUCCCUGAAGUAGCUGCUUACCAGGUUGAUGAUGGAAACAGGGACGUGGAAGAACUCCAAUGCAAACUGGAUGAGUUUGUGCGGGACAGAACCAUAAGCGUUGGCAAGGUCAAGCCACACCACGUGGAGGUCGCUCUUCUCCUGCUUGGCCCUCUGGAUCUGUGCCCAAAUCAUUGAAGAAUGCUCCACGCAUCCUGGAAAACCUGGUACUCCUGCUUUCUGGCAGCUGGUGUCAAUAUAGCCAUUCUUUGUGAGGUUCAUCAGAGCGUGCACACUGGGGUGCGGACAUUCCUGUGUCCGUACUGCCCCCUGACCUUCAAGUGGAGCUCCCACUACCAGUACCACCUGCGCCAGCACACGGGGGAGUGCCCGUACCCGUGCGACACCUGCCCCAAGGCCUUCAAAAACUCCAGCAGUCUCCGGCGCCACAAGAACGUCCACCUGGGCCUGAAGCCGUACACCUGCUCCGAGUGCAACAAGUCCUUCACGCAGUCCACCAACCUGCGGCAGCACAUGAGGAUCCACACGGGCGAGCGGCCGUACGUCUGCGACGAGUGCGGCCGCAGCUUCACGCAUUCCUCCAACCUGGCGCUGCACAAGAACUCCCACUCCCUCAACGCCGCGGGGAAGGAGAGAAAGGCCGGCGAGGUCGCGUUGAAGCCGAGCGAAAUAGUGGAGGUGGUGGUGGGCUCGGAGGAGGAGGCGACGUCCAUGUUGACCGCCAUGGUGGGAUACGUCAGCCAGGAGGGGGCUGACGGAGUCGGGGUGGGCAUGGAAGAAGUCUUCCUAUCCACCACCUCGCCCACCCACAACACCAGCCUGCUCGCCCUCGCCCCAUCAGCGGCGAGCGAGCGCGCGUCCCGGGCGAUCGGCACGGAGGUGCGCCUGAGCAUGGACACCGGCGCCAGCCUGCUGCUGUACAGCUGCGGCAGCUGCAGCCACACCUUCCCCACGCAGACCCACCUGGAGGAGCACCAGUCCGUCCACAUGGCCCCCGAGGAGCACGGCCCCGUCGGGGACACGGCGGGCGGGCCGGAGGUCGGGGACGGCCUGGUGGGGGCCGGCCACCUGCUGGCCGACUUUGAGGAGGUGGUGGAGACGACCACGGCGGCGGAAAGCGGACACACGCCGGAAGUGCUCCUCGGACUCGCGGACGCAAACAACUCAAGUGUGCGUACCAGCCAGGCCCAGUUUGAGCUCCUGCAGAGCUUCGGCAAGGCGCCCGAGAGCUGUGAGGGCGUGCAGCCAGAAGCUGCCAGCACGUGGGCGGGGCUGCUGUGUGGACACUGCAACAAGUCCUUCAAGACCAGCGGAGGUCUCAAUAGACACGUGUCUCUGAUGCACUCCCUCUCGUCUCAGUCCCGCUCCCAGUUCAGCUGCUCGGCCUGCGACCGCUCCUUCCCGCUGCUGUCCUCGCUGCUCACGCACCAGCACUCCCACACCCCCGAGCAGCGUCUCCUGGCCGAGGCGGAGGCCGAGAUCGUGUGCCCCGCUUCCCUCUCCUUGUCUCUGCCGCUCCCCUCCUCGCCCACCCAGGCCGACAAGCAGGAGGGAGGGACGGACGCUCUGGCCGGCGUCGCAGCUGCAGGCAAGGAGCACCAGGCGCCGCUCAAAACGGCGAAAGGCUCCAAAAAGGUCAACGUCAGCAAGACGGCUAACGCCGGAGAGAGGCCGUACCGCUGUUCGGAGUGCGGAAAAGCCUUCAAAGGAUCGUCGGGGCUGAAAUACCACAUGAGGGACCACACGGGGGAGAGACCAUACCGCUGCACCGAGUGUGGCAAGAGCUUCAAAAGGUCCUCGCUGCUCUCCAUACACCAGAGGGUGCACACAGGUGUGCGGGCCUUCCAGUGCGCUCACUGCUCGCUCACCUUCAAGUGGAGCUCCCACUACCAGUACCACCUGCGCCAGCACACGGGCGAGAGGCCCUACGUGUGCAAGGAGUGUGGCAAGUCCUUCAAGAACACCAGCUGCCUGCGCAGACACAGUCAGAUGCACUCGGGACUGCGGCCUCACGUCUGCACCAUCUGCUCCAAGUCCUUCUCCCAGACCUCCAACCUCAAGCAGCACGAGCGCACACACUCUGGCGAGCGGCCCUUCCAGUGCUCGCACUGCAGCAAGAGCUUCACGCACUCGUCCAACCUGCAGCUGCACCUGCGCACGCACUCGCCGCAGAAGGACUUCAAGUGUCCGCACUGCGACAAGGCCUUCGUCAUGCACUCCUACCUGCAGCGGCACAUCCGGACGCACGCCGCCCCGCCCCGCCGCGACGGCGUGGCGGUCAGCGCCAGCGUGGGCGGCGUCACGACCGCCACCACGCUCCUCAACCCCAUCACCCUGGAGAGCACGGGGUGCAGCGGGAGUCUGAUCGUGUCCCAGCCGGCGCUCAACAUCCCUCCGAACACCUCCCAGAACUACUUCAUGAUCCAGACCUCCAGCGGUCUGCAGCUCAUCCCGCUGUCGGCGGCGCCACCGCCGCCGCCCCCGCCGCCUCCGACUCCGCCGCAGAACUUCCUGCUGCUGCAGUGUCCGUCCGCCGGCGGCUCUCAGUCCAGUCUGAUCCUGAUCCCGACUUCCGGGAACGCUCCGCCGGAGCCGGCGGCCGUGCCGGUGCUGCAGGCGCUCAACAACCAGCACUACGUGAUCGCCAGCGAUAACAAGAGUCCCGUUGCCGUGCCGACGCACAGCAUCCCAGCCAACUCGCUACUCCGCCGGCCCAUAUUGGGGAAGCGCAAGCACAUAGCGAGAGGCCGGCGCGGGCGCAAGCCGAAGUCGUCGCUUCAGAAAAGCGCGGUGGAGAGUGCGCCUCCGGCGGCUCCGCUCCCGCGCCGCCCCGAGAACACGGCGCAGGCGGUGCCGGCGAGGACCGAGAAGCAGUUCGUGUUGUGCUUUGAAAAGGAAGGACGCGCAAAAGAGGGGGCGGACGUCGGCGAGGGAGGCCAGUCGUACGUGCUGCGCUUCCAGGAAGACCACGCCUCCUCCUCGGAGGCGGCGGCGGCGGCGGACGGGAAGCUGGUGCUGCAGUUCCAGACGGACGCCCAGGAAUGUGCGGCGGACAAGGCCUCGGGAGGCAAAGAAGGCGUGAUGUCGCUCCUGCAAGAGUGGGGCGGAGACAAGCCGGCCGAGGACCACGCGGGCGAGGCGGAGGGCGGCCAAGGCGGCGGGUCCUUCGUCUUGCAUUUCCACGCCGAGGACCAGGAGAGCGACCGCUCGCCGGGGGGCUUCCGCCCGGACGGCGGCGCCGAGAGCCAGGGCGUGAUGUUCCAGGUGGGCGACGAGAGCAAGGACGCCGAGGAGGGCCUGCGGAUGAUCGCCCUGAUAGAGCGCGAGGGCGACGCCGAGGACGAGGACGCGGCGGGCGGCGACGCCGGCGCCAGGAGCAUCUUCCAGCUGGAAGGCGGGGAGGAAAUAGUCAUCAUCGAAGUGAGCACCAGCAGCUUGAUGGAGAGAGCCGUCGACUCCUCGCAGAGCGAGCUCCCAAACCAAGUUAAGGAGAAGUCGGCGAAGGAAAAGGACGACUCGGAGGAGCGCACAGGAAGUGAAGCUUUACCUCAAACAUGCACUUCUCUGACCAACUGAAAUAUCCUCACUAUUGUGGGCUGCGAGUGUUAGCACUUUACUUUCACUUUCACAUUCUGAUGCACGCAUGCAGUCGGAAGUCAACUCUUGGAACGCCUCGGUGCCACAUUUUAGAAUGUUAUACAUUCAAGGAGGCGGGGCUUGAACCUUUUCAAUAGGCGCUGAUAUUAGCUGACAUGACAUGAAUAAAUAUGCUUUUGUCAAUA